AUGAAGGAAGGUGGGCAGACGGUUGGAAUUCUCCAGCUUAGUCCUAUAUCUGCAUUUUUUCCUGCUCAAAGCUUGGAAUGGAUUCUUGCAGCUCCUAAUGCUGGUCUGGAAGAGGAUGCUUAUCAGGAAAAGAAGACUGUAUAUAGGGACUAUGUUGCAAAAUUACUUUUUUAUCAGAUCAAUUCCUUAACACUUGUUGAUCCUUUGGGAUGUAAUAACACCGUUACUAUGCCUCUGGUUUCUCCGCUGAAUCGAAAUACACCGACUGUUCAGAUCGCCUCUGUUCUUCCUUCGGCUGUGUCAUCUUCAACAAAUAAUCAGUGUUCGUCAUCUGGAUUAGGAAUGCACAUUCCUGCUGAUUCUUCGAAUGUUCGAAAUGCUCAGGGAGUUAAUCUGCAUUCCCAUUCUAUUUUGAUUCCUCCAUCUAAUUCGUCUUCUCAAGAUCCUUCGAUAGACCGAAUUCUGCCAAAAACUCAGAUCCCGAUUCCUGGAAGAGAUUCUCAGGUUCCUCUUGUUAUAUCGAAUGCUCAGAAUCCUUCUACUAUUCAAGUUCCUUCAUCUCCAAUUCUAUUUGGUUCCUUGAAUGCUGUUAUUGAAAAUGGUUUAUCUUAUGUUGUUAUGGUGAGUAUUAAUGAUGCUGCAAAUCCAAAUAAUACAACUGUUGCUUUUGAUUUGGGAAAUGCAAGGGAGAUUGGAAUGGAGGACAUGGAAAAUGGUAGAAAUAUGCUUGUAUUGGGAUAG